AUGACACCGACAGAACCAUACAUCCAUCGGCUGCCAGUGGAACUUUUACAACAAAUCUUCUUGUUCAUCGUUAACAGUGCGCCAGACUAUCCGAGUAUUUUUUCAUGCGGACAUGACGCUAUUUCGGCCAACGUUGCCAGCCCUCCCCUAGUCUUGACCAGGGUGUGCCACCUUUGGCGAGUUGUUGCACAUGCAACGGCAGGAGUCUGGUCGCGCAUCCAGAUCGUGCUCCCCGGGGAAGUUACAUCAUUCAGACCAUAUCUUCCACAUCUUCUCCAGUGUUGGCUUGCUCGCUCUGGUAGUUUGCCCCUUACCCUUCGCAUU